GAACACGUAUUAUAAGGUGAACAGCGUCGAUAGUGACUGCACCGUGGUCAAAUACGGUCUCGCACCAUGGGAGAUGUUGGCGGAGAUGGGAAUCCUCAUCCAGAAGUUUUACGAAAUGAAAAUCCAGCUUUAGUCACCAACGUGUUUUCUACAGGUGUGGAGGUGAUACAGACCUACGGCUGGUUCCUGCUUGCUGGUGUUCUACUCCUUCUUUACCUGCGGAAAAAGUUCCAGGCAUCAUGGGACAAGAUGCAGAAAUCUCGAGAGGAAGAGAGCUACAAGAAAUAUGAUGUAGGUGUGGCUCAGAGCCGCCUUGAGGCCAUGGAACAGUCUCGACAGCGUAUGCAGGAACAGCUCAAUGCCCAGGCAGAAGAAUAUGCAGAGAAACAGAGAAAGAAAGAGGAAGAAAAGAGGAAACAAAAGAUUGAAGAUUGGGAUCGUCACUUAGAAGGAAAGGGCUACAGAUCCAGGUAUAAGCCGAGACACAAAGUUAACCCAGAAAUCUGUAAAUGA